CUUCACUGCCCCCUUUGAUGGUGAUGGUCCUUCUCUGUCCCAGGUGACCCUGCAGACACUGACUACACAGCUGUGGGAUGUGCGAUCACCACUAUUUCUUCCAACUUGACGGAGAUGUCCAAGGGUGUGAAGCUGUUGGCAGCCCUCAUGGACGAUGAGGUGGGCAGUGGGGAGGACUUGCUGAGAGCUGCGAGGACCCUUGCUGGAGCAGUGUCAGACUUGCUGAAAGCUGUGCAGCCUAUUUCUGGAGAGCCUCGCCAGACGGUUUUGACUGCUGCUGGAAGCAUUGGGCAAGCAAGUGGGGAUCUUCUGAGACAGAUUGGAGAGAAUGAGACUGAUGAGCGAUUCCAAGAUGUUUUAAUGAGUUUGGCCAAAGCUGUUGCCAAUGCUGCUGCCAUGUUGGUACUAAAGGCGAAGAACGUUGCCCAAGUGGCUGAAGACACCGUCCUACAGAACAGGGUGAUCGCUGCUGCCACCCAGUGUGCCCUUUCCACCUCCCAGCUGGUGGCAUGUGCCAAGGUGGUGAGCCCCACCAUCAGCUCCCCCGUGUGCCAGGAACAGCUGAUUGAAGCGGGGAAGCUGGUGGACCGCUCGGUGGAGAACUGCGUCCGUGCCUGCCAGGCAGCCACUGAUGACAGCGAGCUCCUGAAGCAGGUCAGCGCAGCGGCCAGCGUGGUCAGCCAGGCCCUGCACGAUCUCCUGCAGCACGUGCGACAAUUUGCCAGCCGAGGCGAGCCCAUCGGCCGCUACGACCAGGCCACUGACACCAUCAUGUGUGUCACUGAGAGCAUCUUCAGCUCCAUGGGCGACGCUGGUGAGAUGGUACGUCAGGCCCGGGUCCUGGCCCAGGCUACUUCAGACCUCGUCAAUGCCAUGAGGUCAGAUGCAGAAGCUGAAAUCGACAUGGAGAAUUCAAAGAAGCUCCUGGCGGCAGCAAAACUCUUGGCUGACUCCACUGCUCGCAUGGUGGAAGCUGCGAAGGGGGCUGCAGCCAACCCAGAGAAUGAGGACCAACAGCAAAGGCUGAGAGAAGCUGCAGAAGGUCUCCGAGUAGCAACCAAUGCCGCUGCCCAGAAUGCUAUUAAGAAAAAAAUUGUCAACCGACUGGAGGUAGCAGCCAAGCAGGCUGCGGCAGCAGCCACACAGACCAUUGCCGCCUCCCAAAAUGCAGCGGUUUCCAACAAGAACCCUGCAGCCCAGCAGCAGCUCGUCCAGAGCUGCAAGGCAGUGGCUGACCACAUCCCUCAGCUGGUCCAGGGGGUGCGAGGGAGCCAAGCUCAAGCAGAAGACCUCAGUGCCCAGCUGGCGCUCAUCAUCUCCAGCCAGAAUUUCCUCCAGCCUGGAAGCAAAAUGGUGUCCUCUGCCAAAGCUGCAGUGCCCACCGUGAGUGACCAGGCCGCGGCCAUGCAGCUGAGCCAGUGCGCCAAGAACCUGGCCACCAGCCUGGCGGAGCUGCGCACCGCCUCACAGAAGGCCCACGAAGCCUGUGGUCCUAUGGAAAUUGAUUCAGCUCUGAACACUGUGCAGACACUUAAGAAUGAACUGCAGGAUGCCAAGAUGGCUGCGGUGGAGAGUCAGCUGAAACCGCUUCCUGGGGAAACGCUGGAAAAAUGUGCCCAGGACUUGGGCAGCACAUCUAAAGCAGUGGGUUCUUCCAUGGCACAGCUCCUGACCUGUGCUGCUCAAGGCAACGAGCACUACACAGGGGUGGCUGCUAGAGAAACAGCCCAAGCUCUGAAAACGCUGGCCCAGGCUGCCCGUGGAGUGGCUGCAUCUACGAGUGACCCCGCGGCUGCCCACGCUAUGUUAGAUUCUGCUCGCGAUGUGAUGGAGGGCUCCGCCAUGCUAAUUCAAGAAGCCAAGCAGGCCCUGAUUGCGCCUGGGGAUGCAGAGAGUCAACAGAGACUAGCUCAGGUGGCCAAAGCCGUGUCUCACUCCUUGAAUAACUGUGUGAAUUGCCUCCCUGGGCAGAAGGAUGUGGACGUGGCCUUGAAGAGCAUCGGGGAGUCCAGCAAGAAGUUGCUUGUAGAUUCGCUACCUCCAAGCACAAAGCCUUUCCAGGAAGCCCAGAGUGAACUUAACCAGGCAGCAGCUGAUCUGAACCAGUCUGCUGGGGAAGUCGUCCAUGCCACCCGGGGGCAGAGUGGAGAGCUGGCUGCAGCCUCUGGAAAGUUCAGUGAUGAUUUUGAUGAGUUCCUUGAUGCUGGCAUUGAGAUGGCGGGCCAAGCACAGACAAAAGAAGACCAGAUACAAGUGAUAGGGAACCUCAAGAAUAUCUCUAUGGCUUCCAGCAAGCUGUUGUUAGCUGCCAAGUCUCUCUCUGUAGAUCCAGGAGCUCCCAAUGCGAAAAAUCUCCUGGCUGCAGCUGCAAGAGCUGUGACGGAGAGCAUCAAUCAGCUUAUCACUCUGUGCACCCAACAAGCUCCCGGCCAGAAAGAGUGUGAUAACGCCCUCCGGGAGCUCGAGACUGUCAAAGGGAUGUUGGACAAUCCUAAUGAACCUGUUAGUGACCUCUCUUACUUUGACUGCAUUGAGAGUGUGAUGGAAAACUCCAAGGUUCUGGGUGAGUCAAUGGCUGGGAUUUCGCAGAACGCCAAGACUGGAGACCUCCCUGCCUUUGGAGAAUGUGUGGGGAUUGCAUCCAAAGCUCUCUGUGGGCUGACGGAGGCCGCAGCCCAGGCUGCAUACCUGGUCGGCAUCUCUGAUCCAAACAGCCAGGCAGGCCACCAGGGCCUGGUGGACCCUAUCCAGUUUGCAAGGGCUAACCAGGCAAUCCAGAUGGCAUGUCAGAACCUGGUGGACCCUGGCAGCAGCCCAUCACAGGUUCUGUCUGCCGCCACGAUUGUUGCCAAACACACCUCGGCCUUGUGCAACGCCUGCCGCAUUGCCUCAUCCAAGACGGCCAACCCAGUGGCCAAGAGGCACUUUGUCCAGUCAGCCAAGGAAGUUGCCAACAGCACCGCCAACCUGGUGAAGACCAUCAAGGCCCUGGAUGGGGAUUUCUCUGAAGACAACCGCAAUAAGUGUCGCAUUGCUACGGCGCCCUUGAUUGAAGCCGUGGAGAACCUUACGGCGUUUGCAUCAAACCCGGAGUUUGUCAGCAUUCCCGCCCAGAUCAGCUCCGAGGGCUCCCAGGCACAGGAACCAAUCCUGGUCUCGGCCAAGACCAUGCUGGAAAGCUCAUCGUACCUCAUCCGCACUGCACGCUCUCUGGCCAUCAACCCUAAAGACCCGCCCACCUGGUCUGUGCUGGCCGGACAUUCCCAUACUGUGUCUGACUCCAUCAAGAGUCUCAUCACGUCUAUCAGGGACAAGGCCCCUGGACAGCGGGAGUGUGACUACUCCAUCGAUGGCAUCAACCGGUGCAUCCGGGACAUUGAGCAGGCCUCCCUUGCAGCUGUGAGCCAGAGCCUGGCCACAAGGGAUGACAUCUCUGUGGAGGCCCUCCAGGAGCAGCUGACUUCGGUGGUCCAGGAAAUCGGGCACCUUAUCGAUCCCAUCGCCACAGCAGCUCGGGGAGAAGCUGCUCAGCUGGGACAUAAGGUGACACAGCUGGCGAGCUAUUUUGAGCCCUUGAUCUUAGCCGCGGUUGGCGUCGCCUCCAAGAUACUUGACCAUCAGCAGCAGAUGACGGUGCUGGACCAGACCAAGACGCUCGCAGAAUCUGCCCUGCAGAUGUUAUAUGCAGCCAAAGAGGGCGGAGGGAACCCCAAGGCUCAACACACCCACGACGCCAUCACGGAGGCCGCCCAGCUGAUGAAGGAAGCUGUGGAUGACAUCAUGGUGACACUGAAUGAAGCUGCCAGUGAAGUGGGGCUGGUGGGAGGCAUGGUGGACUCCAUUGCAGAAGCCAUGAGCAAGCUGGACGAAGGCACUCCUCCAGAACCUAAGGGAACAUUUGUCGACUAUCAGACGACAGUGGUUAAAUACUCCAAAGCCAUUGCGGUAACAGCUCAAGAAAUG